AUGGAGUAUUCUGCUACUGAUUUGCUAGCUGGUGAGAAAAUGUUGAAGUUGAUAACAGGCAGACCAGGGCCAAGUGGUUUUGGAUCAGUUUCAACUGCUGAACAAGUUAUUGAUGCCUUCAUCCAAUUGUUCUUAUUUUCUAUCCUGCCUAUGUUCAAAGAAAAGGUACCUGGUAACGAAAUUAGCUUUGUUAUUGAUAUGCCAGUUGAGGUUUAUUUGGCUCUUGUUCCUGUGGUUCUUGGUAUUGUUUUGGCUAGUAAUAGUGAGCCAUUGUUUCAUUUAUUUGGGUUCUUGAUGUUUAUUGGUUCAACUGCUGGGAGAGCUUUGAAAUCUGUGGUUCAAGGGUUGCUUUUAACAUUUGAAGCUGAGAAAUUACACUCAAUGAAUCUGUUAUUAUACAUGGCUCCAAUAGCAGCAAUGAUUUUGCUUCCUUUUACACUAUACAUAGAGGGAAAUGUGGCUGCUGUUACAUUAGAGAAAGCUAAGGGAGAUGGAUUUAUGGUAUUCUUGUUGAUUGGUAAUACUACAGUUGCUUAUUUGGUAAACUUAACUAGGUAA